GCUUCUCGACCAAUGAUGAAAAUUCCAAGAAAAGAAAGAAACAUUCAUAAUUGUUUUUUUUUCAAACAAAAAAAAAGAGCGGCCGUUUUAUUAUAAAAAGAAGAUAAGCUAUUGGAGGUUGAUACAACGCUUUUUGUCUCAUCUCCUUCUUCUUCUCCUUCUCAAAUCUUUUUUUUCAGGCGUAACGAAUCGAAUCAUAAACACUUACGCAGAAACAAAAACUAAACUUUGGAUCUUUUAACCGACCAUAGAGAUUCGUGGGUUCUUCUUAGUUUCGACAGAUUCUUGAUCCGUUUUAGUUGUUACGCUCAUCUUUGCUUUUAUACAUCAGACCCUUCUCUUCUCUUCCUUCUUUAUCUAAGAAACAUUAGGGUUCUUUGAAAUCUUGCUAAAAAAAAUGGGUGUUGAGAAAAUGGUGUGUUUAGCUUCUCGUACGGGUCGUCAGUUUCAGAGAUACAACAAAGGUCGUCGUCAAGUCGUUGGAUGUGUUCCUUACAGAUUCAAGCUAUCUAAUGAUGGUAAAAUAAGUGAUGAAGUAGAAGUUCUUGUUAUCUCUUCCCAAAAAGGCCACGCCUUAAUGUUCCCCAAGGGUGGUUGGGAGCUUGAUGAAUCUGUAGAAGAAGCUGCAUCAAGAGAAUGUCUUGAAGAAGCUGGAGUUCUUGGCAACGUUGAGCACCAACUUGGAAAAUGGGAUUUUUUAAGCAAAAGCAGAGGAACAUACUAUGAAGGACUAAUGUUCCCUAUGCUUGUUACAGAACAACUUGAGCUUUGGCCUGAACAACAUGUUAGGCAAAGAAUCUGGAUGAAUGUAACCGAAGCAAGAGAAGCUUGUAGAGAUUGGUGGAUGAAAGAAGCAUUAGAUGUUUUGGUUGAGAGACUUUCAUCACCAAUGAAUCAACCAAAGGAAGAGAAGACUAUGUCAAUCUCUAUUGAAACAAUGUGUUGAUGAUGAAGCUGAUGAUUGCUAAAUUGCUGAUUGUUGAUGGGAGUUUUUAUGAGCUAAUAUGGAUCUCUGUAGGUAUUAAAUAGAUGGGUCUCAAUUAGUUAUUGAGACGGCUAAAAAAAUCUAUUUCGAAAAGCCGAUGCAGAGAGCAUGGACAAAGAAAAAGAUGGUAGAGUUUUAAGUUUUGGAUCAGAAAGAUUAACAUCAUGUGAUUUAAGAAGUCUUGUGUUUGUGUUUAUAAUGUUUCUGCAAGAACUUCUUAAGAUAUGAUUAAGAGGGAAGAUGAUAAACUUAGAGUGCAAGCAAAACCUGUAUAAUUGUGUUUCCCUCUGUUUAUUUUUCCUCUCUCUUUGAAUUUGCAAUGGAGACAUUUGAUUUCAUCAUGAUGCUUUUGUGAUUCAGAGAUACUUAAAUUAUGCAAGUAGAUGAUACGUGGCGUGAUGUGAUUGAUUUACAAGAAACAAAGCAAGAAUAAGUUACUCUAAUCAUAUGAAAAAAAAAACAUGUCAUUUUCAAAAUUUAUUAUG